UUGCUAGGCAACCGUUACUCGCGAUACAAACAAACGUCGGGUGCCCACGAAAUAAAAAAUUAAGAACUGGGUUGCAAACCUAUCGCGUUCUUUUCGUCAGUGAUGGGGGAACCUACAGAAUCAGAUCUCGUGCAAGCGAUCAAAGAGUCGCUCCAAAAGGACGGCACGUUGGGCAAAUUCAAAGGGGAGAUCAAGGCGGCCGUGAUGUCGAUCAUGAACAGGAACCACGAGAACGGCGACCCGCCGAAGGUGCCAAACGAAACGAAACUGAUCAACGAGUUGAUUAGAGAGUACUUGUCCUGGAACGGGUACAUUUACAGCGAGCAGAUGCUCUCUACGGAGGCGGGCCACAGCGCGGAAAGAGUAAGCAGGGACGUGCUGACGACAAAGUUAGGAGUCUUGGACGAUUGCAAGACCGCCAAAAUACCCCUGCUUUAUUACAUCGUGUCCGCCUUCCAGAAUUUGGAAGACUAAUGCCCAAGGAAUUUUUCUAUGUAUUUAAAAUAU